AUGGUCAACCUAUAUAUUGAUAAAGAUCUAGAACAUACAGAUUUGGAACGUUGCACUGGAUCCCUAAUCUCACCACGUCACGUUCUUACGGCCGCACAUUGUGCGACGAACCUAGACGAGCGUAGGAUGUAUAAGGGCGAAUGCGAUGGAAUUUUGAAGAAUUACGUGCUGUCAGAGAACAAGCCAGAUGAUUUCACCGUUUACGUCGGCACCUAUUGCACUCUUCGCGGUCGUCCUCCAAAAUGUCACAGUAUACCCCUUGUUUCAAAGGUUUUUAUCGACAAAAAAUGGAAGCUGUGCGUGCAGAAAAUGCGGAAAGGGAAGGAGGUUGAUUGGAUUCAUACACACGAUCUUGCAAUCCUCGAACUCACUAAUGAAAUCAGCAACAAGGAUGCUAUUCCGAUUUGCUUACCAAACAAUAAACUUCCACUGGCAAAAGAACUUCAGGUCGUGGGGAAAGGACGGGAAAGAAGGACGUCGAAUUAUACCAACUACAAAAUUGGUACAAUUCCAUUCGUCAAAGAAGACCACCAUGAAGUACUUCUGGGACAGAGCAAUACAACUGCUAUCUGCGGGGUGAGUGAUAUUGUCGCCUAUCCAGAACCCUUUAGUUUACGGAUUGAGUCUCGCGUAUUAUCAUGA